AGCGCGCCCAUCAAUCAAUCCGCGGAAUCUAUUCCCCCCGCAGCAGACGCCAUGGCUGCCGCACCGACGCCGCAGCCCUUGCUUCCGGUGACUAACCCCUCCGCCGGGGGCGGCGGCUCUGCCCCAUCCUCCGGCGGCGGCCUCACCGACUCCGCGCUCGCCACGCCGGCCUUCCGGCUCUUCCUCAGCAGGUUCUCCGACACGGCGCGGCGCUCGCUCGCCGACCGCCGCCCCUGGACGGAGCUCAUCGACCGCUCGGCCAUCUCGCGGCCGGACUCCCUCUCCGAGGCCACCUCGCGGCUGCGCCGCAACCUGGGCUACUUCCGCGUCAACUACGCCGCCGUGGUGGCCUUCUCCCUCGCGGCCUCCCUCCUGGCGCACCCCUUCUCGCUGCUCGUCCUCCUCAGCAUCCUCGGGGCCUGGUGCUUCCUCUACGUCUUCCGCGCGCCCGACCAGCCCGUCGUGCUCUUCGGCCGCACCUUCACCGACCGGGAGACGCUGCUCGGCCUCGUCGUCUCGUCGCUGCUCGCCUUCUUCCUCACGUCCGUCGCCUCGCUCAUCAUCUCCGGCCUGCUCCUCGGCGGCGCGCUGGUGGCGGUGCACGGCGCGUUCCGCAUGCCCGAGGACCUCUUCCUCGACGACUCGAGCUCUGUGUCAAGCGGCAACACUUCCCACAGGCUGCUCUCCUUCCUCGCGUCGCCCGGAUCUGGUGUUUGAGCCUGCGCGAGAUCUGGUAGCCUUCUUGGACCAACGAGUUCAUUUCAAGUCUGAAUCUAAUUUCGCGAGAUCUGAUUUUGGUUUUAGUAUGUAUCUCCAGUUAUGCAAAGAUCCGCGUGAGCUGUAUUCUCUCGUAUUUUGACCAGAUGUUAAGCAUUAGCAAAUUGAUCACUGUGCACUAUGAAACGAUUGAACGUUAGCAAAUUGAUCCGCAUUAUUAGCUGUAUUCUCUCGUAUUUAGCCAGAUUGUUCAUAGUAUACAGGUUUUAUGGUUUUCA